AUUUUUUCGUGGUAGUUUCUUUUGAYACAAAAGUUCAAGGACAAAAAGACAAGUAUAUGCCUCUGCACGAAAGAAUGUCUGAACAAGAAAGACAAGACUUUUUUGGGAUGGAUAGUUCUGAUGUUCCAGAAUACGACAUUGUCCAUCCGUAUCGAUCUGACGCCAAGGGUAAAUUCUCCAGCUUUAAGCUACAGGAUUCUUCACCAGAUCACCAUGACYAAAACAAAUAUUUCAGUAUGAGAGGACUGGGCCAUAAUCUCCAUCUUAAAUUAUCUAAAGCCGAUGAUAUUCGAGUUUCUCAUGCAAAGGUAUCCAUAAUACAAGAAGAUGGUUCCAAAGCUAGCCAUGAUCUGAAACAAGGCAAUUAUUAUGAAGGACAUGUUGUAAAUCAUCCUGGUUCUAAAGUAGUUCUUGCCCAUGAUGCAGAAGGAUUGAUGGGUGCGAUUCACCUUCCAGAUGAUUCCGUGUAUAUCAAACCUGUACCAUCUCAUCUAGAAAAGCAUUAUGGGAAACUUGGUGGUGCUAAGCCACACGUGAUCCAUCGACGCUCCUUUGAUGACUUCAAGAAGCAUCUACAAAUCGAUAAAGAAGAUGAUCUAAUAGAAGACGCAAAAUUCCCCWCACAACCGAAAUCACCUCCGAURGAAGCGCGUGCCACCAAAAGAGGAAGCGGAUCUCCUUUYUAUCUCGAGGUUCAACUUGUGGCUGACCAGUACUUUGUAGGCUCAAAAAAAACCGAUGCAGAAAUAGAAAAGGAGUUACUCACCAUAGCUUAUAUUACAAGAUCUUUCUAUCAUGAUCCAAGUGUUGGGGAAAGAAAAUUGACUAUCGUGCUUAACGGAAUAACCAUAAAAAAAGAUUUUGGCUUUAAAAAGGAUGCAUCAUCUAACGAGCGUAUAAGUGCUUUGCGUGGAUAUGUAAGCGGUGCCUUGCCAUUGGACGACAGCGACCCGGCUCAUCCUGAUGUCUCUGUCUUAUUGUCGGCAGGAUUUUCUGGAGGUCUAGCAGAAGUGGGAUCAAUCUGUUUAGUGCAGCGGUACGGUGUAGCUGUUUCCAACAACAUGGGCUUGCAAAGUGCUCUCAUAGUUGCACACGAAAUCGCGCAUGCGCUUGGCGUUAAACAGCAUGACACAGGACAAAAACCAGAAUGCCCUCCCGGAACAUUCAUAAUGGCUGUCUCAAUAUCUCCGGGGACAAACUCGUUCCGUUUCUCACCAUGCACUAGAGACUUCUUCCAAUCUAUGUUUGGAAGUGGCUCGUGUACAGCACUUAACGAUGUUCCUGGAAAAAGUCUUCCUUUACCCAAAAUCACCUUGCCAGGAUUGAUGUACGAUGGAGAUWCCCAAUGUAAAAUGAUGUUUGACGACAGUUUUUCGUUGUGCCCUAAAAAUAUCGAGAAKCGAUGRUCUKAWUUGAUGUGCACAAACAAUGGUGGCUCCACCUGCYAAGGACGCUUAGCCCCAGCCAUGGACGGAACUCGUUGCGGAGUUCGAAAUUGGUGCAUUUAUGGCGAGUGCGUCGACGAUGGUUCUCCUAUUAUCAAUGGAGGUUGGACUGCUUGGAGUGCUGAAUGGUCUGCUUGUUCCUACUCCUGUAAUGGCGGGGUACAACACAAAACAAGGACCUGUACAAACCCUAAACCAAAGAACGGUGGUGCAAACUGUGUCGGGGAAAGCACUGGACAUUGGAGAAUCUGUAACUCUGAGGCAUGUGCAGCUGGAGCGAAGUCUUUUCGCGAAAACCAGUGCAUUGCAAAAGACCCGAGUACUCCUGAUGCACCCAUUGUCAAAGAAAAGCCAUGCGCCUUGUUUUGCCAGUUAUGGCCUAAGCGGUAUGACAGAGGCCCAGCUAAGGAUGGUUCUCGAUGCAAUAGUGAUAAUAAAGAUGUUUGCAUUAGUAAUAAGUGUAAGAAUGUUGGAUGCGAUAARGUUCUAGAUUCGGGCAAAGUUAGAGAUCGUUGCGGGGCUUGUGACGGAGAUAGCUCAUCCUGUUUCUGUAAAAAGGGUACCAUACAACAGAAAUGUCCGGGGUACUGGCCAUGGGGAAGAGCGGAAUCUUGUAAGAUCCUAACUUUGGACGUCGGAACAAGCGACUUCAAAAUCAAUAAGACUGUUGUUGCCAGUGGAGGCUAUGACACAUUUGCGGUUAAAGUUGGUGAUCGUACAGAAUGGGCUUAUAAAGAAUUUCCCAGAACGCUAGUAGUAAAUAAUAUCGCAGGAACAACACUAUACUUUUAUAAGAAAGAUUCAAAUGAUAAAGACAGUAUAUACGUACCUGGUCCCAUCACAGAAAAACUACAUAUUUAUCAAGUUCCUUAUUACGGCAAUGGUAAUCCAAUAAUAUACCAAAUGUGCACCAAAGAAAGUACAACAAGUGUCAGCCCCGACGACGUCCACUGGACCACAGCUUCUUGGAGUGCAUGCUCACGAACAUGCGCAGUCGGGAKGCAAACUCGAGAAGUAAGAUGUCUUCGCAAAGAUGACAAAUCUGUUGUUAAAGACAGUACGUGUAAGGAAGCAAAACCUMCAGUCKAACAAGAUUGCAAUGUACAACCGUGCUCCGCAUCCUGGUUCACCUCUAAAUUUUCGCCAUGUUCUCGCACAUGUGGUUUGGGAACACAAAAGAGUUCAACGGUCUGCAGGAGAGAAGUAUCAGAAGGGAAAUUUCAGGUUGUUGAAGACUCUCUUUGUUCCGGAAAUAAACCUGACGUCCCAACAAAGAAGGAAUGUAACAAGGUGGCGUGCCCUCCUGAAUGGACUGUUGGUGCAUGGUCUGACUGUUCAAAGACAUGUGGCGAUGGAGUUGAGACAAGGACAAUUGAAUGCACUAGUAGAACAGCGACUGGUGCUGUCGAGAAACUUCUUGAUYCAAACUGCCAACAUCUUAAAAAACCUUCAGCAUCGAGAGCUUGCAACAAAGUUGGUUGUGGUCCAAAGWCAUUAGGAUGUGUUCAUGACAGAGGCGGSGAUAUUCGUCCAUUCACAUUGAUGAAAAGUUUCCGCGGGAAUAUUGAUUGGUAUGAUUUGUCAAAAACUGUCAAAGCAUGUGAUCUUUAUUCUAAAACAAUGUAUCCGGAAGAGAAAUAUUUUGGAAUAGAGUAUUAUGGAGAGUGCUGGUAUGGUCCUGGCUCGAAUAAAACCUGGAAUAAAGAUGGCAUGGCUGACCCCAAUACCUAUUGUUAUAAAGGAGUUGGAAAGGAAAAUGCUCUUGAAGUUUAUAAAAGGCCAUAAUUCWUCUGAAAAAGAUUCUUGUCCUAGAUGAAGAUGGAGUCCACAAUAUCGAACAAGAAUAAAUAAUAAUAACUUAUAACAAAUUUAUAGUACUGUAUAAACAGUGAUUUAUUGUAAAGUUACAGUAAAAGCCAGUUGGCAAUAAAUUCAAUGUAUCAACAUU